AUGACUUUAAAUUUAAAUAACCCACGACCAGGGACACAGAAACUAGUUUUCUCCUGCGAACUCUCAUUUAGCGGUAUCUGCCAAAACGACGAGCUUAAAUCAAUGGACGACAAGUACUUCGCCUCCUUCAAACUAUCCAGGGUUUGCGGAAUUAAUAGACUUAUUUUUGUAGUGCUAGACGUAGUUUCAGCAAAAGUUCACGAACCAUCUCCAUGGCUUAUGAUGUACGCUGACGACAUUGCACUGACAGAUGAGGACAAACAGAAACUGGAGCAUAAAGUGAACCAAUGGAAGGGUGCGCUAGAGAACGGCGGUCUGAAACUAAAUGUUGCGAAGACCGAGUACAUGGCAUGUGGCGGCACGGACCCCGACCCCAUAAAGGUAGGAGACGAUUAUGUCGUGAAAACGAAUAAAUUCAAAUACCUUGGGUCCGUGCUGCACGAAUCGGGUGAAAUCGAUCACGACGUCCAAGCCCGAAUUAGCGCUGCUUGGGCAAAAUGGCGAGAAGUAACCGGUGUCCUCUGCGACCCCAGGAUACCGGUGAAGCUAAAGGGCCUUGUGUACAAGAGCAUCAUCCGACCAGUCCUACUAUAUGGUAGCGAGACCUGGCCUGUCCUCGGAAGGCAUGUCCAGCAGCUUCACGUCACGGAGAUGAAGAUGUUGCGAUGGAUGUGUGGCGUUACGCGACUAGAUCGCAUACGUAACGAACACAUCCGUGGCAGCCUCGGAAUCCGUGAUAUAGCGGAUAAGCUGCAGGAAAGUCGCCUCCGAUGGUAUGGCCAUAUACGCCGCAGACCGGUAGACUACGUCGGAAAUAGAUGCCUCAAUCUCACUGUCCAAGGCCCUAGAUCACGCGGUAGGCCUAAGAAACGCUGGCUGGACGUCGUGACAGCGGACAUGGGGGAGAACAAUCUCACACCCGAGGAUGCCGAAGACCGGGCAAAGUGGAGGAGACUGAGCAGGAAAGCGGAC